AUCGCAUUCGCAGCCGUUUGAUUUUCCCAAAUCCAAUCUCGCCCGUAAAAUCCACCCUCUCAAUCAACACCCAUUGUCAUCGUUUCUUAAACUACAAUAAAUCCCACUCUCGGAAUUGCAGUCCGUUCAAGAAGUUUGUGCGUUGUUUUUUUAAACUGGGCACCGCCCAUAGCCACUUUCUCGGCGUUUGAACGGCGUCGUAAGGGCAACUGUAGAAUAUGAAUGCCAUGAUUCGCGACUGUUUCUUUUGUAUUUCUCUUUUCUGCCCAUUUUCGGCUUCAAUCCGUUCUCCGAUAUCGGGGGUGUUUCUUAACUUUCUGUAAUUCCACUUAUUUUUCCUGUACUGCCCACCUUGUUGAGACGGAGGUUCGUUCGUGUUUUUGAUCGUACUGGGUGUGAAUUGAAGAUGGGUUAUGAAUCGGAGGAUGUCAUUCGGUGGGGUCUUCGUCUUUUUGAUGGUGAUUCAGCUUUUAAUUCUGGGUAUUACGGUGAGACGACAGCGGUGGAUGAUCAUUAUCCUGGGAAUUAUUACAGAGAUCAUUACAAUUUAGAAUCCACUUGUGUGGAGAAUGAUGAGAUUAUUGCACGAACUCUUCAAGAAAACUUGACACAGUUAUCAAUUGCAGAGUCCUCUGGAUGCCCAAUUGAAAGAGAGGAGCAAUUGCAAGCAUCCAUUUACACAACUGAUUGGCAUAAUCAAUUUCAGAGGAAUAACAGUUCAGAGAGUAUUUCUGUUGAGGAAGAUGCUGAAACUCGGGAUCCUUCUAGUUCAUGUUCUAGUCCUGGGGAUGAGGACUUCUUGUAUUCCCAUGAAGUUGAUGGUGAAGAAUUCUGGAGAUUCAAUCAAAUGAUUCCUGUUCCUAGUCUUGGAGAUGGCUGUUUUUUCCUAUUUGUUGCCAUGACUACUAUUGACUUCUGUAAAACCUCCUUAUGUAAUGUGUUAGUCAUAACCAUAGUGAUGCAUGUUCCUAGAAUUAAUGGGGAAAUUCCUUCAGUUGAUGAAGCAGCUUCUGAUCAUGAAAGGCUGCUUAACAGAUUGCAAGUGUAUGACUUUGUUGAACGAAAGGUUCAAGGUGAUGGCAAUUGUCAAUUUCGUGCAUUAUCUGAUCAACUAUAUGGAACACCCGACAAUCACGAAUUGGUGAGACAAAAAGUUGUAAAUCAGCUUAUGUCACAUCCAGAGAUUUAUGAGGGAUAUGUUCCGAUGGCAUAUGAUGAGUACUUGGAGAAGAUGUCCAGGAACGGCGAAUGGGGUGAUCAUGUAACAUUACAGGCAGCCGUGGAUUCGUACGGUGUACGAAUAUUUGUUAUAACUUCUUUCAAGGAUACCUGCUGCGUAGAGAUUCUUCCCAAUUCUCAAAAGACAAAAGGAGUAAUUUUCUUGAGUUUUUGGGCAGAGGUGCAUUACAACUCAAUCCAUCCUCAGGGAGGUAUGCCAUCAGCUGGAGAUUCCCCACCCAGUGAGUUGAGAAAGAAGAAAAAAUGGUGGAAAUUUGGAAAUAAGCAUUGAAAAGCGCUGCUGCCUCAGAUUCCCUAACUUUUUGCUGCUUCAAAUGCAAUCCUUUGUUAGGAUUCACAAUCACCAAUAUUGGCUAAUGUUCACAUGCCUUAGAAUUAUUUUAUGACAAAAACUCAUUCACUUUUCCUUCCUUAUUUUAUUCCCCCAUAACGUUUAAGCAGGGCUGUCUGCAUGUGGUUUUUUUGUAGUUGUAUACUGUUUGGCCCAAUUGGUUGGUAUCUUGAGGGAGAAACCGAUUAUAAUAUGUCAUUCUUUUGACAGAAAUCCAAUGCAUUGAGAAUCUUUACUCUCU